AUGACAAAACGGAUGAUGAAAAAAUCACCUUCCUUAUCGAAGGAAAACAAGAAAGAAAAAAACAAUGAGGAAAAAAAAAAAGGAGUAAUAGAAGAAGAAGAAGAAGAAAAAACAAAUUCUGAACAAAAAGAACAGUCUAAUAUUAGCAACACAAGAAAUAUUUUAACCCUACAAAAUAUUUUAGAAGAAAAACAUGAUAGAGAAGGUAAUAAAAAGGUAAGAAAUAAAUUAAUUAUAAAAAACUCCCAAAAUACUAGUAGCACUUUUAAUACAAAUGAAAUGAGAAUUAUAACGAUACCAAAACAUCGAAUCUCAUCUGUAAAAACAAAUUGGAUGGAAUUAAUCAAGCCAAUUGUAACCAAUUUAAAAUUAGAAAUUCGCAUGAAUCGAGAUAAAAUACAAGUAAGGACAUGUAAACUAACACAAGAUAAAAACAAUUUACAAAAAUCAUCUGAUUACAUAAAAGCCUACCUACUUGGUUUUAGUAUAGAAGAUUCAUUAGCAUUGCUAAGAAUAGAUGAUUUAUAUAUAGAAAGUUUUCAAGUGAAAGAUGUUAAAAUAUUAAAAGGGGAUCAUCUGUCCAGAUGUAUUGGUAGAAUAUGUGGAAGCAACGGUGCAACUAAAUAUGCUAUUGAAAAUGCAACCAAAACUAGGAUUGUAAUAGCAGGUGAUAAAAUUCAUAUCUUAGGCAGUUUUAAUAAUAUUAAAAUGGCAAGAUAUUCUAUAUGUAGCUUAAUACUUGGUUCAACGCAAGGGAAAAUUUUUAACAAAUUGAAUAUACUUGCCAAAAGGAUGAAGGAAAGGUUCUAA